AUGGCUGAGAUUCAGAGACUAAGAUGCAGGGUUGCUUUCCAUGCCCUGCAAUUUCGUCCAGAGAUUCAAAUGCUUGGUCGUCGAAUGGUUCACAAGUUAAGAGCCCUGGGGCAACCAUUCUUGGCAUUCCAUCCUGGCUUAUUGAGGGAAACCUUGGCAUACAAUGGUUGCGCUGAGCUUUUUCAGGAUGUACACACUGAACUGAUUCAACAUCGAAGGUCUCAGAUGAUAAAGAACGGAAUUCUUAAGGAUGAAUUGAAUGUGAAUUCACACUUGCGAAGAGAAAAAGGUCUAUGUCCUCUCAUGCCUGAAGAGGUUGGCAUUCUCCUCCGAGUAAUGGGUUACCCUUCCAAAACAAUCAUUUACCUGGCUGGCUCCGAAACAUUUGGAGGUCAACGCGUGUUAAUUCCUUUGCGGUCCAUGUUUAUCAAUACUCUGGAUCGCACUUCCUUGUGCAGUGAGAAAGAGUUGUCUGACUUGGUUGGACCUGAAACACCUCUUCCUCUAAAUAGGUUUCAACCACCUCCUGUGAAAAGUGAAAAGGAACUCAGAGAAGCAUGGAAGAAGGCUGGUCCUCGACCUCGACCUCUUCCCCCACCCCCAGAUAGACCAAUUUACCAGCAUGAAAAAGAAGGUUGGUAUGCAUGGAUCACCGAGACCCCUACUGAACCUGAUCCUUCCCCCAUGGACUUGAGGAUGAAAGCACACAGGUUACUUUGGGAUGCGCUUGAUUACAUCGUUUCUUUGGAAGCAGAUGCCUUCUUUCCUGGAUUUAACAAUGAUGGUAGUAGAUGGCCAGAUUUUUCAAGCCUUGUCAUGGGGCAUCGACUGUACGAGACUGCUUCGUUUAGAACAUACCGACCAGACAGGAAAGUUGUUGCGGAACUUUUCAACAUGACUCGUGAAAAUUUGUAUCAUCCUAAAUAUAAUUGGACUACUUUAGUUCAGGAACAUCUUAACAAAAGUUUGACUGAAGAAGGCUUCGUUAGGCAAUCUCUUUGGUCAAAACCAGCAAUGUUCCUUUCACAUCCACUUCCAGAAUGCUCCUGUAGAAUAGCUUCUACCAAGGCUACUAAUCGUGUCAGAGGUGAGGAUGGCCACGUUCUGUAUGGAGGCGAAGAUGUGUGCCCCAAAUGGAUGCAACAUGCUAAUCAUGCAGGUUCAUUGGAGAAAGAAGCUGUCAAAUCCGAAGAUGAAGGGCUGGCAGACUAUGAAAGUAAUGAUUUUGUUGAUGCAUCUGAAUCUGACAAAAACGGUAGCAAAACCAAUCAGACUCCGCUUUGGGAUCAAGACGAGGAAAUGGAUCCAAAUGACUAA